UGGUGUUCGUGUGUGACAGUUUUUUUUUAUUCAAUUGUUUGGUGUUGUUUUGGAAUCGCGCUGCGUGAAUCGUGUUUUCGAUAACUACGCCUUCUCCGAAUCUCUACCUUUAUCAGAACACAAACGAUUAACAUGGCUUCGUUGGCAGCAGCUCAGGUGCAGGAAGUGCGGUCGAUAACUCGAAUAGAGAGGAUCGGCGCUCACUCCCACAUCCGAGGCCUCGGUCUCGAUGACUCCCUGGAGCCUCGAGCCGUGUCUCAGGGCAUGGUGGGUCAGAAGAUGGCGCGGAAGGCAGCUGGGGUCGUCCUACAGAUGAUUCGAGAAGGUAAAAUAGCGGGCAGAGCGGUGCUGCUGGCCGGUCAGCCCGGCACCGGCAAGACUGCCAUAGCCAUGGGGCUGGCGCAGGCGCUCGGCCCCGACACACCAUUCACUAGCAUGGCAGGUUCCGAGAUAUAUUCCUUGGAGAUGAGCAAGACAGAGGCACUCACCCAGGCUAUAAGAAAGUCUAUUGGUAUCAGAAUUAAAGAGGAGUCAGAGAUCAUCGAGGGUGAAGUAGUGGAAGUGGUGGUGGAGCGCGCGGCGGGCGGCGGCGCGCGCGUGGGCCGCCUCACGCUGAAGACAACCGACAUGGAGACUAACUAUGACAUGGGAGCCAAGAUGAUCGACCAGCUGUUGAAGGAGAAGGUGCAAGCCGGCGACGUGAUCACCAUAGACAAGGCGACGGGCAAGAUCAACAAGCUGGGCCGGAGCUUCGCGCGCGCCCGCGACUAUGACGCCACCGGCCAGCAAGCCCGUUUCGUGCAGUGCCCUGAAGGCGAGCUGCAGAAGCGUAAAGAAGUGGUCCACACGGUGACGCUACACGAGGUUGACGUCAUCAACUCACGCACUCACGGGUUCCUGGCACUCUUCUCAGGCGACACCGGGGAGAUAAAGUCGGAGAUCCGUGAGCAGAUCAACGGCAAAGUGGCCGAGUGGCGCGAGGAGGGCAAAGCGGAGAUGAUACCUGGAGUGUUGUUCAUAGACGAGGCCCACAUGUUGGACAUAGAGUGCUUCUCGUUCCUAAACCGUGCGCUGGAGUCGGAGACGGCGCCGGUCGUCAUGAUGGCCACCAACAGGGGCAUCACCCGGAUACGCGGGACCAACUACAAGUCGCCGCACGGUAUCCCCCUGGACCUGCUGGACCGCAUGAUCAUCGUGCCCACCUCGCCGUACAGCCAGCGCGACCUCAACCAGAUCCUCAGCAUCAGAUGCGAAGAGGAAGACUGUCAAAUGUCGGCCGACGCGCUGACAGUGCUCACUCGGGUGGCGACAGAGACCUCCCUGCGGUACGCCAUACAACUCAUCACCACCGCGUCCCUGGUGGCUAGGAGGAGAAAGGCUACUGAAGUGAGCAUGGAGGACGUGAAGAAGGUGUACUCCUUGUUCCUGGACGAGCACCGCUCCUCGCAGUUCCUCAAGGAGUACCAGGACGAGUUCAUGUUCGACGACGGCGUCGAUAACAAAGUUCAAGCCAUGGAAGUCAGCCAGUAAAAUCCAAGAUCUUCAGAAAUUUAACAAUUAUUUUAGAACAGAGAAGAUCUACAGUUUGGUUAAUAUUUUUGCAAGGAUAUCUAAUCUUCAGUUCUCUAUGAGAAGUUAGUAUUUUAAGUUCGUGAUAAGUUUGUGUUUAUUUUAAGGCAGUUGCUAUAAAUAUAAAUACUUUAAUAAUAA